ACACAUGGAUGAGCAGAGAGUGAGCAAAUGAUUUAAUUUGAACGUAAUUGGUCGUCUAAGCGGAGCAUAUAGAACUGGCAUAUAGAACAUUCGGACCAGUUCAGUUCACAGUCGUUGCUUUUAACGUUCAGUUAUCAGGUUUCACACACAAAAUGCUACUACGGAUGACCCAGUUUCUCUGCCUUGGGGCACUCGUAUUGCUAAGUCUUAUGCAACUCACGCAGGCAGUGGCCACUCCCAAUAAUGAUAACAAUAAUAUCAAGUUGAAGCCUGUGGCUCAGGUGCAGCCCGGGAAUCCAUCGGGAAAUAAGCCUGCAGUUGCCACAACUACAGUCAAGCCACAGAGACUGGUACCAGAUCCCAAGUGCCUGCAGCCCUUGGAAGUUGGUCCAUGUCGCAUGAACCUGGAAAGGUUCUACUACAACAAGGAUAAGAAAGCCUGCGAGACUUUCAAGUACGGAGGAUGUCGAGGCAACGACAAUCGUUGGGGAUUCCGGCAAACUUGCGAGGAAGCUUGCAUCCCCAAAAAGUGAUCAAUUGAUGGUUGAGAUUGAUCAAUUGAGAUUGUUUUUUAAUUUUACUAAAUGAAAUCAUUUCUUGUUAUAUUUCAAAAUAAUUAUUUUAAUUGUGUUUUUGCUUAUGCGAAUUAUAAACUUUUUAUAAUUAACUAAUUAGAA